AUGAAAAGCCGACUAGGAAUAGCCUUAAUAGGCAUGGGUCGCAUGGGUUUGAUACACCUAAAGAACUGUAUGAUGUCACCAAGAACUGAUGUAAAAUGGGUUAUAAGAAAUAAUAUUGUAGAAGCUGAGAAAUAUCUAAUGAAUUACAACCUGCCAAUAAAAUACACAUCACCUGAUAGAUAUACUGACGUUUUAAAUGAUCCCAGUGUAGAUGCUGUGAUAAUCGCUUCCUCUACUGAUACACAUGAAGAUUUCAUUAACAGAUCCCUUCAGGCAGGUAAACAUAUUUUCUGUGAGAAACCAAUAACAUCAAAUAUAGAUACAACAAAACAGUGUUAUGAUUUGGCCGAAAAGUUUGAUAAACAUCUGUUUUGUGCAUUUCACAGACGUUUCGAUCCCAGUUUAAAGAUUCUGAAAGAUAAACUAGAUAGAAAAGUAUUGGGUGAUCCCAGAUUAGUAAAAAUUUCGAGUCAUGACGUCACAGCACCGCCUAUAGACUAUUAUAGAAAUAAUAAAGGUGGUAUCCUAACCGAUUCAACAAUACAUGAUUUAGACUUAGUUCGAUGGCUUAUUAACUCUAAUCCAGCCAGUAUUAAUAUCAGUGAAACUUCAUUUAAUCCUGAAGUAGCCAAAUACGACAGUGAAUUGGUGCUCGUUACCAUCAAGUUUAAAAAUGGCGCUAUGUGUGUUAUUGAUAAUGGGCGACAGGCAACUUUUGGAUAUGAUCAAAGAACAGAGGUUUUAUGUGAUAAAGGUGUAUUAAAAGUAAGAAACAAGUCUGCCAAUCUAUUUACUAUGUCUACCAGUGAUAAGUCUACAGUUUCUGGUAUUGAUCUCUGUUUUACUCAAAGAUAUGCUCAGGCUUAUCAAAAUGAAUUGGAACAUUUCCUAGAUGUUCUACAGGGUAAAUGUAGAUUGGAAGUAAAUAAAGAAGAUAUUUUAGAAGUUUAUAAAUUAAUCGAAGCUGGUAGAAGAUCUAUAGAUUUAAAAACACCUGUUAAUCUAAAUACAGACUGA